UUCAGCUAACGCUUGCUUUCUCUCUUGGCGUUGAAAAGAGGAAGAAAGAGCGACGCAAAUGGUCGUCAAACGACCGUGAGAGGAGCCAUGAGGAGCGGCGCCGGCGCCGGAGAAGGUGCCGGAGAUGGCGGAAACGGGGAUGAGGGAAGGAGGCGCGAGAUCCAUGCCGGAAGUAGCAGUGGAAGCCCUAAUCUUGAAUGGCGGUUCAACCAGACACUCAAGAGUGUCCAGGGGUUACUUAAAGGUCGUACAUUUCCAGGGAAAGUUAUGCUCACUCGAAAAUAUGAGCCCUCAAAUGUGUCUACUUCACAUGAGCAUAGUGAAGAAUUUGAGAAAAGCACCUUUGAAAAUGAUCUUGACCCAAGUUAUCAUUCAGAUAAUUCUUCUGAGGUGGAAUUUCAAAUUUCAGGCAACACAGUAAGAAAUUCAAGCCUUCAGAAAUCUCAAUCAAUACCACCAAAGGGCAAGUGCUUAUCCCCAGAUGCUCAGCAAUCAGUUUCUGGAGCUAGAGCAACGGAUUCUGCCAGGGUUGCGAAAUUUACAAAGGAGUUGUCUGCUAAUUCUGUCGUAUUGGAAAAAUUGCGAGAAUUGGCUUGGAGUGGUGCCCCACCAUAUAUGCGCCCUAAUGUAUGGAGGCUUCUAUUGGGGUAUGCAUCACCUAAUUCAGAUCGAAGAGAGGGAGCUUUAAGAAGGAAACGGCUGGAAUAUCUUGACUGUGUUUCUCAGUAUUACGAGAUUCCUCAAAGUGAGCGUUCCGAUGACGAGAUCAACAUGCUUCGACAGAUUGCCAUCGACUGCCCAAGGACUGUGCCUGAUGUUACUUUCUUUCAGCAAGAACAAGUUCAAAAGUCCUUGGAGCGCAUCCUCUAUACAUGGGCUAUUCGCCAUCCAGCAAGUGGAUAUGUCCAAGGAAUAAAUGAUCUUGUUACACCAUUUCUAAUAGUAUUUUUAUCAGAAUAUCUAGAUGGAAACAUGGAAAAUUGGUCAAUUUCAGAUUUAUCUGGAGAAGUUAUCUCUUGUGUAGAAGCUGACUGCUAUUGGUGCCUCUCAAAACUUCUUGAUGGUAUGCAAGAUCACUAUACAUUUGCUCAACCUGGAAUUCAGCGGCUUGUUUUCAAAUUGAAAGAGCUGGUUCGACGGAUAGAUGAACCGGUUUCCAGACACAUGGAGGAGCAAGGGCUGGAGUUUCUUCAGUUUGCUUUUCGUUGGUUCAAUUGUCUCUUAAAUCGUGAGAUCCCUUUCCAUCUGGUUACGCGUUUAUGGGAUACUUAUCUUGCUGAAGGUGACUCAUUGCCGGAUUUCCUUGUCUAUAUAUGUGCCAGUUUUCUACUGACAUGGUCAGAUAAGCUCCAAAAGCUUGAAUUUCAAGAGAUGGUCAUGUUCCUUCAACACCUUCCUACAGAGAACUGGACUCACCAUGAAUUGGAGAUGGUCUUAUCAAGAGCCUACAUGUGGCAUGCUAUGUUUAAUAGAUCUCCAAGCCACCUUGCCAGCUAAUCAAGUUUCUUAUUUUUUAUUUUUUAUUUUUUUUCCUUUUAUUUUUGUUUUUUAUUUAACUAAACAAUGAAUUCCUGCUUGUUUAAUAUAUCUCCAUAUGUAUACUGCACUUGUGUUAACUCUGGGGAGAUGUGAGAGAAAUAUGAAUGUAUCUACCAAAUGAAAGAAAAUAGAUAACCUGCCACCAAAAUCUUCAUAUUUGAAUAUAUUCUUAUUUGUAUA